UCCUCGCAGGCUCUGAGCUGUUGUUCCCGCCCAGCUUCGGCCUGGCGCCGCCGGCGGGGGCGCCGGGACUACAUCUCCCAGCAUGCCGCGGCGGCCGCGAGCGAGGCGAGGCUGGGUGAGUCAGAGCCGCACGGUAAAUAUUUGUAUUAGCCGGAGCCGGCUCGCUAAUGGUGGACGCGUGAGGCGGCGGCGAGGGCGGCCGGAGGGGCAGCGCAGCGGCGCCAUGUCCGUGAACAUGGACGAGCUCAAGCACCAGGUCAUGAUCAACCAGUUCGUGCUGACGGCGGGCUGCGCGGCCGACCAGGCGAAACAGCUGCUGCAGGCGGCCCACUGGCAGUUCGAGACAGCCCUCAGCGCCUUUUUCCAGGAGACCAACAUCCCCUACAGCCACCACCACCACCAGAUGAUGUGCACUCCCGCCAAUACCCCUGCCACGCCCCCCAACUUCCCUGAUGCCCUCACCAUGUUCUCUCGUCUCAAGGCCUCUGAGAGCUUCCACGGUGGCAGCAGUGGCAGCCCGAUGGCCGCGACAGCCACCUCGCCUCCACCGCACUUCCCCCAUGCUGCCACUGGCAGCUUCUCGGCACCCAGCUGGCCAACUGCGGCCUCGCCCCCAGGGGGCCCACAGCACCACCAGCCACAGCCACCCCUGUGGACUCCAGCACCCCCUUCCCCGGCUUCAGACUGGCCACCCUUGGCUCCUCAACAAGCUGCCUCAGAACCGAGGGCCCACCCUGCCAUGGAGGCAGAGAGAUAAGAGAGGCCCCUCCCCCCUCCCGGAGGCCAGGACCCCGUGGGGCGGGGGAGAGGACAUCUCCACGGGCCCCUUCACCCCUUCUCUGUCUGCACCCCUUACUCCCCAGAGACCUGGAGGGAAAAGACAGGACUCUAGCCAAGCAGGGUCAUGUCUUGUGCCAGCAUGCACGGCUGCACGCACGCAAGUUAUGGACACAGGCACGUGGCACCCAGUGCGCUUGGAUUUGGUUCAAAAUGGUUUGGGUGUCUGGUGGACAGAACUUCAGAGGCCAAACAGCCUUCCCUCAAGGACUCAUCUGCCCCGCCCUGCCCCAGAUUAGGGGGUACUGCGGGAAUUGCCCUGUGGAGACAAUUGGCUCCUGACUUGGAGCUCCGUGGGGGCCGGCAGGCCCAGAUCCCCACCCUCGGGGGUACAGAGCUCUCCGCAUGUGUGCGUGUAGCUGUGUCUGUGUAUUUAUAUGUACAUUGCUCUUCAAAAAGCAACCUAGCACAUGGGGCAGCUGGACUUUGCAUGUUAGAGUGAGCCCCAGACCCCUCACCCACUGCCACCCCCCGGGCCCUGCCUCACCUGCCCCUUCAGCAGCCAGUGUUGCUGUGCCUGCCAACAAAAGGGUCAUGGGAAACUCCAUGACCUUCCAACCCACCCUCAGCACCUGUCUGCUGGGGCUGCCUGCAUGUCACCCCUAGAGCCCAGCGUACCCAUGUCCAUUUCCUUUCCCCCUUUUAACAAAAGAGAAGAAAGAAUUCCAAACCA